AUGACCUCUCGGGGAAGGAGACCCUUCCCUGGAAGGGGUUUUCGCCCUCUGACGCCUCUUCCACACCAAGUGUCACACGCUCUACCGAGGCCUCCCUUUUCCACAAAGUCUUCAAAGGCCGGAGAUUCCCAUCUCAUAGACCGGGAAGCCCGAGGUUCUUACACUCGAGGUCUCAGGCCGACCACCUUUCCUCCGUCGGCCUUGCGCGCGUCCCCAGCAGGUCUCCAAAAUCAGGCCGGCCGGUCCCGCUCCCACGAGUGGAGAGCGUCUCCUCAGUACCUCCUUCCCGGGGGCCUACGCCUGACCCCAGCAGCAAUAGUCGUGUCUCUCCGACCCUCCAUCCCCCAACCCCGCCGGGGCAGGCUGGCUAGAGACACAGGCCCACGACACGCUGGCAUCCCCCAUUCUUCUGAAAAAUGCGUGCCAGUGAGGUCCGCAUUGUUCCUCCCUCAAAGAGGAGAGCCUCUGUGUCUGGCCUCCUCCAAUGGGCCGGCGAAGGGAGAAAAUGGCACGGGGGGAGCCUGGGAGAUGGAGCAGAUCCAAGGCUCUCAGACGAGACUUGAACCUGUGACCUUCGCUGUGUACACAAUGGGUGGUGGGGGGGGGAGAGGGACCGGUUCAUCUCCACAACGGCGGUUCUCGGGCCCCGGGGUCGCGCUCCCGAGGAAACGCCACCGACCAUUGUGUGGGGCGGUCGCCUCCUCCCCAAAGACAAAGCCCCUCGGCCCCUCGGCGCCCCCCCAACACGACCCCCCCAUGCCCCUCAGCGCCCCCCAAGCCCCCUCAGAGACCCUCAACACUCCUCGGCGCCCCCCAACACGACCCCCCCCAUGCCCCUCAGCGCCCCCCAACCCCUCAGAGACCCCCAACACUCCUCAGCGCCCCCCUAACACGACCACCCCCCCAACACUGCCCCUCAGAGCCCCCCAACACGACCCCCCCCAAGGGCCCUCAGCACCCCUCAAACACUGCUCCUUCCCCCCAGGCCCCUCGGCGCCCCCCGACCCCUCAGAGCCCCCCAACACGACCCCCCCCCCCCUCAGGGCCCUCAGCGCCCCCCAACCCCUCAGCGCCCCCCAACACGCCCCCCCCCCUCAGGGCCCUGAGCACCCCUCAAACACUGCCUUUCCCCCCGAGGCCCCUCAACGCCAUCCCAACAUCUCAGAGCCCCCCCCCAACACGACCACCCCCCAACCCCCGCCCCCCCAACCCGACGGCCCCCCAGGGCCCUGA